UCAAAUCUUCUAAUCUUAAUUAGUUUGAUCUCUCGAUUCGCCGGCGAUCCGAAUUUCAUUCUUCUUCUGCUUAUCGGAAAAAAAAACUAAUUUAAAGUGUGAAGCUUUCGAUUUGAAUCAUGCGUUGCAAGAGAUGCAAUGGAAGCAACUUUGAACGCGGCGAAGACACAGGGAAUUCGUAUUGCGUUGGAUGUGGGACAUUACGAGAGUACGAUAAUUAUGAGGCACACCUUGGCGGCAUACUAGGACCUCAAGGUACAUUUAUACGAGUAGGUACCAUUGGUCUAGGCUCUGUUCUUGCUUAUAAAGAGAAGAAGAUCUAUGAAGCCAACAAUUUGAUUGAGGUUAUUACAGAGAGAUUAGAUCUUGGUUAUAAAACUGAAGCGAUUAAGAGUAUGAUUUAUAAUAUUACUGAUGGGGAAUUUGGACAAGGUGAGUGGUUCCCGAUUUUGAUUGGGGCGUGUUGUUAUGCUGAGGUGAGAAAAGAAGGGAAAGGUGUUUUGUCUAUGGAAGAGAUUGCUUGUCAAGUUGGAUGUGAUUUGCAUCAGUUAGGGCCUGUGGUUAAGCGUGUUGUGGAUCAUUUAGACUUGGAAUUGCGAGAGAUUGAUCUUGUGGGUUUGUUUACCAAGACGGCGACUAAUUCACCGAGAUUGACUGAUGUUGGUAGGGAGAAAAAGGAGAGGAUAACAAAGCAAGGAAAUUUUCUGAUGAAUUGUGCUUUGAAGUGGUUUUUGUCGACGGGGAGGAGACCAAUGCCUUUAGUUGUGGCUGUUUUGGCGUUUGUUGUUCAAGUGAAUGGUGUGAAGGUAAAGUUUGAUGAUUUGGCGAAAGAUGCUCGUGUUUCGUUGACUACUUGUAAAACGCGGUAUAAAGAGUUAUCUGAGAAGCUUGUGAAGGUUGCUGAAGAGGUGGGUUUGCCUUGGGCGAAAGAUGUAACUGUGAAGAAUGUUGUGAAACAUUCAGGGACUUUGUUUGGUUUAAUGGAAGCCAAGUCCAUGAAAAAGAGAAAACGAAGGACAGGGAAUGAAUUAGUUAGAACUGAUGGAUUUUGUGUGGAGGAUUUAGUGAGGGACUGCCUAAGCAAAGAAUCUAUGUAUUGUUAUGAUGAUGAUGAUCGUCAAGAUACUAUGUCUCGGUAUUUUGAUGUAGGAGGUGAACAUCAGCUUAGUUUCUGUAACAACGAUGAUAAUAUAUCGGAGAAACAGUUGUCCACAAAGUAUAAUGAAUUUGUGGAUCGAGUUCGUGGUGGGACUCUUGCGAAAAGAAGUCAGGGAAAUAAUAAGAGUAUGUGGCAAAGGAGAUCAGCUUUCGAGAUGUUUUCAAGUGAAUAUUGGUGGAAAGGGAAAUCGGAAUUGAGUCGAAGGCUUUUGCUCAAGGAUUUGUUGGAGAAAGAUGUAGGCCUUGAUGCUUUGCCUCCUUCUUACAUAAAGGGUUGCGUUGCAGUCGAAAGACGAAGAGAAAAGAUUAAGGCAGCUAAGUUACGGAUUAAGACCAUACAACAUCCUUCUGGCAUUGUUAGUGAAGGUGCGUUGUCUUUGGAGCUUGAACAUAGCAAGAAGAAAAGGAAGAAAGGAUCUGAAAUUGAUUGGGAGGAUUUGGUUAUCCAGACUCUGGUCUUACACAAUGUGAAUGAGGAAGAAAUCGAGAAAGGUCAUUACAAAACUUUGCUAGAGUUGCAUGUUUUCGACUCCGGAGAGGUUUGAAUUGAAACGCUUUAUUUGUAAUUGUAAGAACUGAAUCAAUUUUUUAUUUUUUA